AUGAAGUUCUACCCCAUAAUCGCUCUCUUCCUCGCUGCCCUUCCACUUGGAACCCAUGCAAUCUGCGCCGACGGCGAAGUCGGCAUAGGCACCAACACCAUCUGCCAAAUCGGAACUCCGGAAAGCGGCUCGCAGUGCAGCGGCGCCGAGGGCGUCAUAUACGCCAACAACUGCCAUUAUAUUGCGACUGGGUCGCUGCAAGGAUAUUGCCAUGGCGGUUGGCCGUCCGGGUACAAUGUCAAGUGCAGCGGCGAUGCCCCGUCGCGGGUGACUACCACCGGGGGGAACUUCAGCAACUGUUAUAAGAUUUCGGCGGGGAAUUGGUCCAAGGGGCCGUUGCAGUAUGUCUUUGUGGAUUAUUGCUGUAAGCGGGUGUAA